AUGCUUUCAGCAAUAUUUACUCAUGGUUACAAUAUAACAAUUCAAAAUAAUAAUGUUGUUUUAUGUAAGAUUUAUAUUUAUGUUACUUUUAUUUUUGCAACCGGUUCACCUUCUAUUCUUAUUCUUGCAUCAAUUGAUCGUUUAUUAAUUUCUUCACAAAACGUUGAUACACGUUUAUAUAGUUCAAAACGUUUGGCUUAUUUCAUGAUCAGUAUAUGUACAUGUUUUUGGAUUCUUUUUAAUAUUCAUUUACUUAUUAAAGUUAAUAUUUAUCAAUUUAGUCCUUCAUUUUAUCUUUGUUCUUAUGAACCUACAAACUUAUACCUGGAUUUUGUUUAUUUCUUUUUAUCGAGUAUUCAUACUCUUUAUGUUAUAGUUCUACUUAUUUUAUCAAUAUUUUCAUUUAAAAAUGUUCAUCAUAUUCGAUUAAUUCCACGUCAACAACAAAAAGAACUUCGAACAAUGACAAAAAGAGAUUUUCAAUUACUACGUUGUUUAUUUGCUGAAGGAAUUGUUUUUAUGAUCUUCGCUUUGUUAAUUAAUGGUUAUUAUUUCUAUGCAGCAAUUACAAGAGAACAAAUUCGAACACCAUUACAAACAGCAGUUGAAACUUUUGUUGGAAAUGUUUUUAGUUUCCUUUAUAAUAUUCCUUAUUGUGCCAAUUUCUUUGUAUUUAUAAGCUUAUCAAAAGCUUUUCGACAAGAUUUCAAAAGAUUAGUUUACAAGAUUUGUGGAAAAAAUAUAAUGGCAAUGCGAGCAGAAAACAAUCAAAUUAAUCUUGCUGCUAUGAAUCAAACCUAA